CUCUUUUAAAAGCAAAAUCCCUAAAUUCCCAAAACAAGACAUACAGAUUCAAAGGAAUCUCACCCACAGCUUCUCAAACAAAUACACACUCACUCAUCUCUAAGAUCCCAUGCAUUGCUUCAUUCUUGAUGAUAGAGAGUGAAGAAUAAUAUGAGUGAUUCCUGGUUUUUGGAUGAAAAUUUCAAUGGCGUCCCGGAUGAGUUCUUUGAUGAUUUUAUGGAACAUUUUGAUUUCCCAUUGGAAGACCUGGAUUCUGGUGUAGAUUGGAAUGCAAAUUUUCAGAGCCUUGAGCCACCACCCUUGAGUGUUUUGUCCGAAUUAUCAGCAGUGACCAAAAAUAAUUCUAUCUCGUAUAACAGAGCUCCUCAACCAAAACAGCGACCAAGCUCUGGUGAUUCGUCCUCUUGUGGAAGCAUUUUUCUCUGCAGCAAUUCUAAUGAUGUCAAAGAUUCAAAACUUUUCCAAACCUCCAGUCCAGUCUCUGUCCUUGAAAGCAGCAGUUCUUGCUUGGCUGAAAAUCGAGCAUCCAUUAAUCCUAAACUUGCCUUCCCAGUGUCAGUGAAGCGCACUCGAAGCAAGCGUCGGCCAAUCUCAGCCUUCAAGCCACAGUUUGUGUUCCCUUUCAUCUCCCCCACUUCCUCUGCUUCUGAGGAAUAUAAUCCUUCAACUGCUUCUGACUCAGGGUCAGAAUCCCACUUUGAGAAGCCUUCCAGGAAAAAACAGAAGAGGAAAAAGAACCUUACAAUGCUCUCAUGUUCGAGGGAGAUUAAGAAAUCUAAUUCUCAGCAAUCAGUUGCAAUUAGAAAAUGCACUCAUUGUGAGAUAACAGAGACCCCACAAUGGAGGGAAGGUCCUUUGGGACCCAAGACCCUUUGUAAUGCAUGUGGGGUUCGAUACAGGUCUGGCCGCCUACUUCCUGAGUAUCGACCUGCUGCAAGUCCGACAUUUGUACCAUCAUUGCACUCCAACUCUCACAAAAGGGUCCUGGAGAUGAGAACCAGGCAUAGGCAGUAGACCACCAUGUACGACCUGCAAGUCUGGCCUUUUGCCCCGUCAUCGAGGCAGUAAACCACUGUGGUUGUGAGGAACUGUGUAUGAGCAGACACAUUAAUUAGAAAAUUCAUUUGGAUAGCUUCUUGUUUAAUUAUUUCUAGGACAGCAAGCUGAUGUUUCUGUUUACUGUUUUUUUUUAUGUUAUCCUAGUUGAUUUGUUUUGUA